CUUGAUCCCUUCCACCUGCCUUUGCUUGGAUGACUUGGAUGCAACAAAUAAAUGCUCAUUUUUCUGUUCAGCUCAGUUCCAAUCCUUUGUCCGUUUUGAUUUUGAUUUUGAAAGCAACAUGUUCUUCAACAGUGAUCCUACCAAGAAGUUGAUUCUCAACAAUCAUACCUUCACCAAGCAUCAUGACUGCAGCAAGGAUGGAUCUGAACCCCAAUUCAAGGACAAGUACGAACUCUGUGAGAAGAUCAGCGGAUUGCCCCGCACGUACAAGUGCAUCUGCAGGGCCACCAAGGAUCCUCGCUCUGUCAAGAUUGUUCCCCGCAAAUUGGAAAAGCGCUUCUGGAAGGAAUUGUCUAUCCUCAAGGCCAUGGAGAAUGGUUGCUUCCCACGUGUCUUUGAGAGCUUUGAAGACAACACGCACUUGUUCUUUGUCUUUGAGCGCACAGACAACUUGUACAAUCUUAUUGAAGCGGUUCACAAGGUGGCACAAGUCAAGCACUACUCAGAAAAGGAUGUCUCCAGAGUCCUGUUGGUUCUCUUGAAAGCAUUGGACUACUCUCACACCUUGCACGUUAAAAACUCGGACUCGCAAUCUGUAGCCAUUUCACAUGGUCUCAUCAAUCCAAAGAACAUUCUCGUUACCGUCAAUGAGGAAAACCCAGACGAAAUCCUCGAAUCCUUCCACCUGGUCAACUUUGAAGGGGCAGAAGUGUAUUCGCUGCACUCGAAUGGAGAUAUUGAUCUUGGCAUGGACUCGUCGGAGAAGGCGCUGCUUUCCAUUGAUACGGAACCCAUGACAGACAGCGAGAGUGACAGCGAGAGUGACAGCGAGAGUGAUAAUGGCACCCAGAAAAAACGAAAAAAGUCACAUUUCCAUUCCCCCGAGUACUACGAGCAAGGAGCUACACCCAAGGGAGAUAUCUACUCUCUGGGAGUGCUGGCAUACUACUUGAUCACAGGAACCUACCCUUUCAAGACUCUUCCCAAGAGAGGAUCCAAGGACCUUCCGAACAAAAUUGACUACAGUGGAAUCAAGAGUCCCGACAUCAAGAAGUUCAUCCAUUAUGCCCUCCAUGUGGACCCUGCCAAGAGACCUUCCGCAAAGCAGUGUCUCAAAAACGAAAAUUUCAACCUGGCAGAUACAUUUACCGAAAAUGAAGACGAUCAAUACCAUGACAAGUUCAUCAACCAAGAUGUCCUUUCUCGCUUGACGACGGCUCGUAUGCAGCACAAACUUCAAGAUGCUGUUACGUACUACAUUGCAAACUACUUAACCUAUGAGAGUGAAGCUGCCAUGGUUGGGCUAGCAACUACCUUCCGCAUGAUGGACACAAACAGAGACGGAGUAUUGACAGAACAAGAAAUCGCCAACAGUCUCAGUUCUGUCAACAUACACUUCUCGGAUCAGGAAUUGAAACAAGUCAUGGAACGGAUGGACCUUGACAAAGAUGGAACUGUCGACUUGAAAGAGUUCUUGUCCACUGCUGCUGACACAGCCUCUUUGAUGAGCGAACACAAGCUACGGGCAGCUUUUGAUGAAUUCGAUGUUUCCAAGACUGGCUUUGUUACUGCCAAUGACCUCAAGACCUUGUUCAAUGGAUCUGGGCCUGAUGAACAAGUCAUCUCUACGAAGGCUGCCAAAGCUAUGAUCGCCAAGGCUGAUAUAACCAAGGAUGGAAAGCUAUCUUAUGAAGAAUUCCGUGCCAUGAUGUGGGCCAGUCGGGUGACCAAACCCAAGGCUACGAAGAACCACCAGGCUCCUACUCCCGACAUUGAUUGUGCUGUUCAGGCCAAGUUGGCCAAAGAAUUUGCCGAAAAGAUGAGAUUCGAGCGUCAACAGCACCUUGCCGGUUUUUGGUAGACUUGUUUGUGUUUCUUGCGUGCAAUGUCAUGCGUGAAGUUUCGCCUUUAGUGAGCCCAAUGAUUCUGUUUGAGUUGUCAGUGAUUUUGUGGUGGCUGCGGCGGUGGCAUGAUACCGGUACGGUGGCAGGAGUCUAGAUAUGGGAUUCCCUUCUCCCUCUGUUGCGGUGGCUGCAGCCACACGGCAACUAGGAACAAUUAACCUGACGAUCGACAACAGGGUAUGAGCGUAGUAAUUUUAUUAAAUUUUUCAUGUAAGGCAAG